AUGAAUCUAGGUUCAAAUGAUCUCAGAGGUAACAUUCCUACUUCAUUUACCAACUUAACCAAGCUUUCUGAUUUGAGACUUGAUAGAAAUCAAUUCACUGGUGGGGAUAUAGUAUUAGCCAAUUUAACCAGUUUGAACUAUGUAGUCCUCUUCUCAAACUACUUCAAAUCCUCACUUUCCUCUACGAACCUAAGUGGACUCCACAACUUGAAGCAUUUCGAUGGGAGUGACAACUCAUUUAUGGGACCUUUUCCCUCAUCCUUGCUCAUGGUUUCUUCGUUAGAAUAUAUUGGUUUAAGCCAAAACAAGUUCGAAGGACCUAUUGAUUUCAGAAACUCGUCUUCAUUGUCCAAGCUGAAAAGGUUAGAUGUUAGCCAAAACGAUUUUAAUGGGCUAAUCCCCGAAUCUUUAUCAAAAUUAGUUAAUCUCCAUGAUUUAGAUCUUAGCCACAACAAUUUCGGAGGACAUUUCCCUAGAGUUAUAUCUAAAUUAGUCCAUCUUGAUCGUUUAGAUCUAAGCCACAACAAUUUCGUAGGACAAGUCCCUAGAUCAAUAUCUAAAUUAGUAAGCCUCAGCUCCCUUGAUUUUUCCUACAACAAGUUGGAAGGUCACGUACCUCAUUUUAUAUGGAGAUCGUCGGAGUCGGUUUCACAGCUUUACGUGGACCUUUCUCAUAAUUCUUUCGCUAGCUUCGGAGAAUCAGUGGAAAAAAUUACGGACGGAGCAUCAUUAAAUUGGUUGCAUCUUGCUUCAAAUUCACUCCAAGGACCAAUUCCCCAAUGGAUAUGCAAGUUACAAUCUUUAGGAACCUUGGAUUUGUCGAACAACAAUUUAACUGGUUCCAUACCUCAGUGUUUGAAGAAUUCCACUUACCUUCAAGAGUUAAAUCUGCAAAACAACAGUUUAAGUGGAGUUUUACCCGAUUUCAACGGUUCUGUCUUACGAUCACUUGAUGUCAGCCGCAACAAUUUGGUUGGGAACCUUCCAAAAUCAUUGAUCAACUGUAACUCUUUGGAAUUUCUGAAUGUGAAGAGAAACAAGAUCAACGGCACGUUUCCAUUUUGGUUAGGCUCUCUGGAAUCAUUAUAUGUUCUUGUGCUCCGAUCAAACGCCUUACAUGGUCCAGUCUACGAUCCAUCUGCCUACUUAGGGUUUCCAAGUCUUCGGAUCAUAGACAUAUCUAAUAACAACUUUGUUGGAUCAUUGCCACAAGACUACUUUGCCAAUUGGACUGAAAUGUCAUUAGUGUGGGCUGGUUAUGGCGACUCAGACAUGGACUAUAUAGGCUAUGAUAACGGUUUUAAUUCGAUCGAUUUGGUGUAUAAAGGAAUUGACACAGGUUUUGCUAGGAUCGAUCAAGGCUUCAAGCUCAUUGAUUUUUCUGGUAACCGGUUCUCUGGACAUAUCCCUGGAUCCAUUGGCUUAUUGAGCGAAUUGCGUCUUCUCAACUUGUCAGGCAACGGAUUCACAGGAAACAUCCCACCAACCUUGGAAAAUAUUACAAAGCUCGAGACAUUAGACCUAUCUCGAAAUAACUUGUCUGGUGAGAUUCCUCAAGGUCUUGGGAAACUCUCGUUUCUGUCCAACAUCAACUUCUCCUACAAUCAUCUUGAAGGGUUGUUGCCACAAAGCACACAGUUUGGAAGUCAAAAUUGUUCUUCGUUCGUGGGUAAUCCUGGACUCCAUGGCUUCGAUGAAUCUUGUGGAGAAAGCUAUCAUGUUCCUUCUCCUACUACUUCUCAGCCACUCGAGGAACCUUUGUCGGAACCAGAAGAGCCAGUGCUGAAAUGGAUAGCAGCCGCGAUAGCUUUUGCACCUGGUGUGUUUUGUGGAUUAGUGAUCGGGCAUAUCUUCACUUCAUACAAAUAUGAAUGGUUCAUAGCUCGUUAA